AUGUUUACAGAAUUUGCUGUGCUAGACAUCUCUAAGACCAAAAUAUAUGAUUACUAUUACAAUGUUAUGAGAAAGCAUUUCAAAAAAUUAAUCAAUUUGAUGUAUACUGACACAGGUAAAUUAUUACUAAUUUUUUUCUUAUAUGUAUAAUAUUGUUUUUCAGAAUCGUUGGUGUAUUAAAUCAAGACACAAUACUUUUAUGCGACUUACUGAGUAAUCCAGAGCCGUUGGAGUGUACGAACACUGCACACCUACCCAGAAACAACCCGUGUUAUGUCGUGGAAAAAAAGAAAAUUGCUGGUCUUUCUUCUGAAGAGACAGAUGGGAAAAUUAUAACCGAGUUUUGUGCGCUGUGA